AUGCGCCGCUUUACCCUCUUUUUGAUUCUGCUGCAUUCCUGCAGCCAGCAUGAGGCUUCUAGAGGUGUUGAUCUAGAAGAUCUGGCUUCCAAUGACACAUGGGUAAUCGCCUACAGUUCAAGCUGUAGCACCACCUGCGGACUGGGCAUCCGUACCCAGAGGCUCUGCCCUUUGGGGGUUGAUGAUGAAGCUAACUCCCCGGCAUGCAGGGUUCGUCAGGUCCGGUGUUUGGACAACUGGCAGUGUGGGCUACAGACUCAAACAGCCACCAUAGGACAAUAUCUGGAGAUGGACUGUCUUGAGGAAGUCAUGGAAGCCAUGGGUCCCUUCGCCUUUGUGGUGUCGUGGCGCUUUGCACGAGGGAUCAUCACCACUAAUGACCGCUUCUUCGUACGGCGUGAUGUCCCAGGGCUGGACAGGGUCAUCCUGAAUCCGGUGAAAGAGGAGGACGCUGGAACGUAUCGUUGUGAUGUGCUGGACACAUCUUACCGCAGGGUGAAGAGGAUGUAUAAAGGACUGAAGGUUUUAUCUGCGCAGGUUCUGAGCCUGAACUUCGCUAAGGGCUUGAGUGAGUGGGAGAAACCCGGAGAGAUUAAUGAAACUCUCCUCACUGCGAAACUGUAUCCAAGCAGCACCGUGCGAAAUGUCGUGCUGGUCAGUUUGUCCAUAUCCAUCACUGUGGCUGGGAUUGUCUUGCUUGGUCUGUUUGCUUUUUCUUACUGGAAAAGGUCAACAAAGAAGGACCCAAUUUCCCAUGAGUGUUAA